AAUAAUGAAAAAUUUGAAGAAAUCGAUUUAUCAAAGGUUCCUUCUUUAGACUAACUUGGUGGAAUAUCGAAUAUUAUCAAUUCAGUUAAAUAAUAAAUAUAUUUGCCUUUAGAGAAUACAAAAAUCUUUGAAAAUUUGAAUAUAUAACCUCCUAAGGGUAUUCUUUUAACAGGACCACCUGGAUGCGGUAAAACAGCAUUAGCUCUUGCUAUUUGCAAGGAUCUAAAGGAGAAUCAUAACCAUCCUUUCUUUUUCCGCUAGAGUACUGCUAUUAUUGGAGGAGUUAGUGGAGAAUCAGAGAAAAAUAUUAGAAAUCUCUUCCGUGAGGCAAAAGAGAACUCGCCUUCUGUUAUAGUUAUUGACGAAAUUGACGCUAUUGCUGGAAGCAGAGAUAAAGCUUCUAAGGAAAUGGAACGUCGUAUUGUUUCAGAGCUGCUUAGUUGUCUUGAUAAACUACCAAAUGAUGUUUUUGUUAUCGCCACAACUUCUCGUCCUGAAACACUUGAAAUGGCUAUUAGAAGAAGUGGUAGAUUUGAUAGCGAAAUUAGUCUUCCCGUUCCAGAUGAGAAAUCUAGAAUUGAAAUUUUACAAACAAUUUUAAAAGAGAUUCCUAUUGCUUCUUCAAUAAGCAUAGAUAGUUUAGCUAAGGACACUCCUGGUUAUGUUCCUGCAGAUCUAAAUGCCCUUAUCAAAAAAGCUGGUGUUUAUGCAGUUUAACGUAUAGCAAAUUUAGUUUAAAAAUUGAAAUCUGAGGAUGAGUCAAUAUAAAUUCCUAUGACAGUUGAACAAAUCUAAUAAUAAUAAUAAUCAUCAUCAUAAUAAUAAUUAGAAAUUCAAAGUGAAUUAUAGAAUGACUAAGCACAAAGCAAUAACAAAUAAAAUGAUAAAGAAAUAGAAUCCAAAGCAGAGAAAAUGGAACAAGAAUUAGAAAGCGAUAGCAGCGAUUGUGAAGACAUUGGAGAAUCAGAUGAAGAUAUUGAAAGCGAUGAUGAAGAAAUGAAUAAAAACUAAUAAAAUGGAAAGAAUAACUCAAAUUAAGAAAAUUAAUUAAAAAAAUAAUUACAAGUUACUUAUAAAGUUAAUGAAGAAGAUAUGAUUAAAUACAAAGUAAAGUGUGAAAUUUAAGAAGAAGACUUAAGCAAAUCAUUGAAGGAAAUUCAACCAACAGGCAAAAGAGAAGGAUUUGCAACUAUUCCUUAAGUUACUUGGGAUGAUAUUGGUGCUCUAGAUGAAAUGAAAAAAGAGCUUACAAAUAAUAUCAUUUUACCUAUCUUGGAACCUGGUAGAUUUGAGGCAUUCAACAUUGCCUCUCCUGCAGGUGUUUUAUUAUAUGGUCCACCUGGUUGUGGCAAAACUCUUUUAGCUAAGGCUGUUGCUAAUGCUUCAAAAGCCAAUUUCAUUUCUGUAAAAGGACCUGAACUCCUUAACAAGUAUGUUGGUGAGUCAGAAAAAUCUGUUCGUCAGGUAUUCAGUAGAGCCAAAGCUUCCGCUCCUUGCAUUAUAUUCUUUGACGAAUUAGAUGCUCUCGUACCUAAGAGAGGAGGAGACAGCACAAAUCAAGUUACUGAAAGAGUCGUAAACUCUUUAUUAGCUGAACUUGAUGGCUUUGAAGGAAGAAAGUAAGUAUAUGUUAUUGCUGCUACUAACAGACCUGAUAUCAUCGACCCAGCAAUUUUAAGAGGUGGUAGAUUAGACAAACUACUUUACGUUCCUUUACCUACAAACGAUGAAAAAGUUAGCAUUUUAGAAGCCUUAAUAAGAAAGACUCCUCUUGAAUAAGAUGUAAAUUUAAAGCAAAUUGCUCACGAUAAAAGAACAGAUGGAUUUUCUGGUGCAGAUUUAGGCAGUCUUGUUAAAGAAAGCGCCUUAAACGCUAUUUUAACUGGAAAGAAGACUGUUUGUAUGGGCGAUUUCAAUCAUGCAAUGAAUAAAGUAUUUCCAAGUCUCUCUCAAAAAGAUAGAAAAUCAUACGAAUAAUUAUAAAGAACAUUAAAAUCUUCCAAAAAUCACAUUAAAAGUGAAGUUGAAGAAGAAAAAAGUUGAAAAAAAUAAAAUAAAUGAUUUAAACACUAAAAACAA